UGAAACCCAAUUUUAAAUAUCUAGAAGUAGACUGCCGUCAAUUUUCAGAAAACGUUCGGAUAAAGUAAAGCGCGACCUGGAAGACGCCGCACGCGAAACUCAUCUGCAGUUCUCACAUCGAAAUUCCAUUAGUCCCUCGCAGAUAGCUGAGGAAGACAUAAACAUAGCGUUGGGCAUAAAUAACGGUGCGAUUGCCGGAGGGGGAGAUUUUCUAUUUGGUGAUGAAAUGUUUGGGGCAAGCACGAAACGACCCGAAUGCUAUGGGAAGGACUGCAAUCCAACAACAAUUUUCAUGAAAUUUGAAGCACAUGAAACAGAAUCGCACGCCGUACGCUGGAGUCCUAUUGAACGUAUGGUAGCUACUGGUGGUGCUGAUCGUAAAGUAAAAUUUUGGGAUGUGGGGAAAGGUUCUUCAGAGCCACGAGCAGUGCUUGGCGGCAGCAGUGCUGGCAUAAACUCCGUAGAUUUUGAUUCAACAGGCUCAUAUAUAUUGGGCACAUCUAAUGACUAUGGUGCACGUGUAUGGACAGUAGCUGAUAGUCGUUUAAGGGUAAGUGUUGAUAAUGAUAACAACAACAAUGUCAAUUUUACCAAUAACAAAAACGUCACAACUAAUACUCCGAGUAGUGAAAGCGAUGAAAUGGAUGAUGAGUUUAUUGUUGUACAAUAAGUGCUUAUCGGUUUA